AUGGCAGCUCCGCUUGUUCCACUGCGGAGACGACAAGCCGCUUUCGACCUUUAUGCCAGAAACAUCAGGCUAACUGAAUAUUAUAUCGAGUUAGACGGGUCGAUCACCACAUCACCAGCGUCAGCGACUGCGGAGACAACCUCAGAAACAUCAAGUCUUUCCACCACUUCGACCGAUUCUUCCUCGUCAUCUUCCUCAAUCACUUCAUCUGCAUCGCUCUCGGGAGCUUCAGCAGAAGUCACCACUGGUCCGGAUGGACCGAAGACAGUAUUCCAGAUCGCGCAUCCUCCGCAAUUCACAAAGACCGUUUCGACUGCAUACAAAGCGCCUGGCGUCAAUGCAACAAGCAAAUUGACGAGCACACACAUUCCAGCUUUAAUUACAUCUUCGUCAUCAUCAUCAGCGACAACAACCACCACCUCAAAAUACAAGGACCCAGCAGAGGAAGCAGCAGCCAGCGCAAAAGCGCCAGGAAUUCCCAAAAAUGAAUUGACGCGAUGUGAAAUCAACGGCACAGAGGCCGACAAUGGGCCUUAUUGCUCCCCGAAGCACCAGCAGAACAUGUGGGUUGGGUUUACAUACGCAAGUAGGUUUGGCGAAAAUCUCGAACGACUCACAUGGAACCCCUCCCUCUUCUCCGACAAUGCGACCAAUGUUGCUGAAUUACGAUAUGUGGAUGGCGCUCUCGGAAAUGCCUGGACCUCGGAACCAGUCCCAAAUUACAUGGGCUACGUGAACGUUGAAAUGUCGAAAGACUGGUUGAAAGGCGCUUCCGGAAACGACAGCGAAUCUGGCCAAAACAUGACGCUCUUCAUGAUGUCCACUCCCCUGGAUGGCGAUCUAGAUACCAAGCCAGGUCCGCAGGUCGCUCUUGUCAUUGACCCUCACACCUUCCCAAAAGUCCGGCUUAAGAGCCUUCCUGGCAAGUACGGCCUAGAAGUAGGCGUACCGGUUGGCGUCGUCGGUCUAUUCCUGAUUAUUUUGGGAAUAUGCUGUGGAAUCAGGAAGAACAAUAGACAUCAUCGCAGUAUAAGGAAUGUAUCGAAAGGAUAUAUGGAAAAGCGAGCGAGGAGGAGAGGAAGAGGGGGUGAUGUUCAGUUGGAGGAAUUUGGGGAGGAUCAGUACAGGGAUCAGCCGCUGAAAGGAGGAACGGGAAAUGCAUUCAGGGACGAAGUGGCCAAGCAGAGAGAAGAGGACCAUGCGAGCUUGAAAAGAUUUCCAAGCAGCUAUUAG